AACGCAUCCACACCAACAAUUAGCAGUCAGAGCCCUUCUUUCACAUCGACUCAGCAACUUCAACUGAGAACACAAGAUACUACACUCGUUCAGCACAGGAUAGUCCUCUUUGACAAUUCAAACAUAUCUUCCUUCAAACCAUAACCUCAAGGACAACGAAAAAUGAAGUUCACCGUCCUCCUCACCGUUGCCUCAUCCCUGGCGAUCGCCAACGCCAAAACCUGCCAAUGGACCCGGAAAUCAUGCAGUCCCAACGGCGGCCAAAUAUCCAUGCAAGCCUGGAUCGACCACUCCCGCGAACUCUGCACGCGGAUCGGCGGCUCCCCUCAGGGCAUCUACAGCGACGAGGUCAUCUGUGAUGCUCCGGGUACCUUUGUGCCGAGACGUCUCUCGGCGACGUUUGAUGGCAAGAGUUACCAGUGCUGUAUUUCUUGCCCUGGUGAUGAGAGGGGAAGCUGUUAAAGAGGGAGAGUUGCUGAGAGGCUUACGAAUUGGAUCAAG